UUAGCGUCACCAAAGGUCACAAGUUUAAUAGCUUUUUGCAUUCAGAGUACUUGAAUAUCUUCUCCAGUCAUGGCGCAAGCGUCCAGUGCCUCAGAACGGCAUUUCAGAGCCCCUUUUGAAGUGCCCAUUACACUGAAUCACCUCUUCCUGUUCUUGUUGAUCUUCAUUCCAGUCCUAAACCUUGCCAUAACAUGGAUCAAUUUCAGGAGGAGAUUGAAUCACCAGGACAUUGGAAAACUGCCGGCCUUGUGGCCACACUCGCUACCCUUUGUGGGUUCGCUGGGCAUGACGCUGUUAUACCUGCUCAGUAACCCCAUGGACUUCUUUAAUGGAAACAAAAUAUUCAAGUUGAAGCAGCCGGUCGGGGUGAGGCUCUUCGGCAAGCAGCUAUACCUGGUCCAGGGCGCGUCAAACAUCUCGGACGUGUUCAAGAACUCUUGGACAUCCACUUCUCUCUUCCUGCAUCAGUUCAGCCUGCGCCGCGCAUUCGGCAUGAAGGAAGACGCCCUCCAUCUGUACGGCCGUGACGACUCGGGCAGCAAGCCCAAGCCCAACCCCGGCAGUACGGUGGCGGCGCACAACCGCAUCGACUUCCGCUCCUAUCAGACCAUUACCCAGCUCCUCUCGGGCAGCGGCUUCAAGCCGCUCAUGGACCGCUUUGAGCGAGGCGUGACGGGCCGCUUCCAGCGCUACUACGCGGACGUGGUCGGGACGGAGUGGCAAGAUGUCGACUUGCUUGAUGUCUUUGAGGACCUGGUCUCGGCCGCAAGCACCGACGCGCUCUGCGGCCCGCACAUGCUACGGCGGAACCCGGACUUCCUCAAGGUGCUCUGGGAGCUGGACCGCGACCUGGGCGUCCUGUUCAGGGGGACGCCGCGGUUCCUUGCGCCAAAGGUCUACGCCCGCCGUGACCGCCUCUUCGCCGCCAUCAAGGACUGGCAUGCCUUUGCGCGGGAGUCGUUCCAUCCCGGUGCCGUUGACUCAAACGGCGACGAUGUCUUUUGGGGUAGCAAGUUCUUCCGUGAUCGGCAUCGGGUUUUCCUGGAGAUGGACGGCAUGGACUACGAUGCCAUUGCUUCGGAGGAUUUUGGAGCCAUCUGGGCAUCCACCCGUAACUCGGUAAUGGCCUCCUUUUGGGCCGUCCUGGAAAUCUUCUCCGACCCGGAGCUGCUCGCGAGAGUCAGGGCGGAAGUCGACGGUUGCCGAUGUGCACCGGGUGAAGAGCAGGUCUUUGACAUGGACGCUCUCAUGGCGCUGCCGCUGCUGCAGUCCAUCUAUGCCGAGGUGCUCCGCCUGCGGGUGCACAUCUUCAUUGUGCGGGUACCGCAGCGGUUCGACCUCUCGAUCGGCCAGUGGAUUGUCCCGCGCGGCUCGACGAUGCUGACGUGCUCGACGCCGGCGCACAUGGACCCGGAUGCCUGGGACGACGCGGGGCCCGCGGGCGAGCACCCGCCGCUGGCCAGCUUCUGGGCCGACCGUUUCCUGCGGCACGGUGACGGAGCCGAGACAGAAGGCGGCCCAGGGAGCAACAACAACAACAACAACAACAACAACAACAACAACGGCAGUGGUAGGGCCAGUGGCUCAGGCCGCGGGGCCAGGUUCUCUCUAAAUGAGCACGAGGGGUCGUGGAUCCCGUAUGGCGGCGGUCCGAGGAUGUGUCCUGGACGGCACUUUGCCAAACGUGAGAUUAUGCUGACGGCUGCGAUCAUGGUGACAUUCUUCGACGUCCAAGUGCUUGCCGAUGUGCGCUCGCUGAAGAUGGACAUGGGUGGUUUUGGAUUUGGCACGCUGGGUGUUGUUGGCAAGGUGCCGAUCAGGAUCCGGCAGAGGCAAUAAUAAGCCGUGCUUCACCUUGACCCUAAAUAUGAUGAUUCUCGGCCCAGUCGGGGCUUAGUCGGGGCGUAUUUUGCUUGCUUGCUUGCUUGACCUGGUCGGCCAGUCAGUCACUGGCUUCAGGAAGAUUGACGUCUCAAGGCCAAGGUGGAAAGCUCUCAGUGUCUCAUAUGUCUUUACGCCUGACUUCAAGGAGAGGGUCUUGGACUCGACAUCUGAAAGAGAAGCAUACAUGAUUCGCUCAUUUUUGCUCCAAGUCUGGUUUAUUGGUUUUUGAUGAUUGAUGGUGAGUGACGAAUCACUAUGAUGCUAAUACGGGGCCAGCAACCAGCUAAGCUGUCUGUCCAUCUCGGAACAAUCACAUUGUUGUAAAUGAUGCUCGCUCAUCGAAUCGCUUACAAACACGACUCGGCGGAACGGAAGAUGCAAGCAAACACUGUCCCCGUCCAUUCUAACCUAA